AUGGCUCCAUCCACAACACAAUCCGCAACGAACCUCGGCUCGCCUCUUAACCUGCCCAAAUGGCUAGAAGAGAACUCUCACCUCCUCAAACCCCCAAUCAACAACCACCUCAUCUACAACGAUCCCCUCACCGUCCAAAUCGUCGGCGGCCCAAACGCCCGAACAGACUACCACAUCAACUCCACCCCCGAAUUCUUCUACCAGUACAAAGGUCGGAUGCUCCUCAAGACUGUACAAGCUCCAAAGACUCCAGACGGCAAGGAAGAGUUCAAAGACAUCUACAUCAACGAAGGCGAACUCUUCCUCCUACCAGGCAACGUCCCACAUAACCCCGUCCGGUUCGAGGAUACCGUGGGCGUGGUAUUGGAGCUGCCGAGGCCGGAGGGUAGCGUGGAUCAUCUGAGGUGGUAUUGUUCGGGUUGUGGGGAGAAGGUUCAUGAGAGUGGGUUUCAUUGUACGGAUUUGGGGACGCAAAUCAAGGCUGCCGUGGAGGAGUAUAAGGGUGAUGUGCAGGCGAGGACGUGUGAGAGGUGUGGGACGGUUAAUGAGAGUGCGCCUAGUGAGGAGGAGAGGAGGAGAAUGAGAGAUGGUAGUUUGUAG